GAACACAAAUACUAACAUUUAACCUCAAAUUCUACAUACUUGGUAAAGUUGGUGACUCUGACGAAUGGUCUUUUUUUUUUAAGUGGCGCAUGAUGUGAGUUUUUAACGAAAUUUGUAUUUAAGUUGACGUUUGUAAAUUAAAAUUACAAGAAUGAAUAAGGAAACGGAAUGUAUGUUUUUGUCAUUUAGAGGUGCCUCAGAAAAGAAAAAGCUAGAAGACACACAGAGAUCCCUAAUUUCUAAAACUCUGAACGAAUAUGCAGAUAGGCAAAGUUUUCACAAUCAGAAGAGAGUUAUGAAUAUCAUAUCACCCAAUGGAAGCAGUUAUGCAUCUGCUGUUGACACUUCUAUGGCAAAUGUAGGCAAGAGAAAGCCAUAUGGUUAUCUUACAUUGCUGGACAUCAGUGUCUUGGGUGGGUUUUCUAUUCCAGAAAGAAGUAUUGUGGCCGAUAAAGAAUUUGUCCCAAAUUCUUUUCAUCAGAGACAUAAUGAAUCACGAUGGACAUCUUUUGUAGAAAGAACUCCAAAGUGGAUCCUGAAGAUGGGAAUAGAGAGUUUAAAUAAAGAAAGGAAAGAAAGCACGGAAGAAUCGUUUGGUCCGCGUGUACUCCAAAGAUGGACUCCCGUUCUCAUAGAACCAAACAAAUUGAAGUUAACGGGAUAUCUGCAAAGCAAUUCCUCCCGAGAAGUGUUCCAUGCAACUGAUAUAGUUGCAGCACGUAAAGAUUUUGACUGUGUGCGGUGUCAUGAUGGUACUGUCUACAAGUUACAGGGCCCAUUUGUAGAUCCCAAACACAAUAUUCCAAGUCCAAUACAACAGCUGCUGCGUCAAGGACUGCCUUGCAAGUGGAGAAUGAUGAUGGAAAAUUGGGUCAAGUUACUGGCUGACAUUAAGAAACGAGAGAAAGAGGCUGCCAAAUCUCUAGUUACCGUAACUAACGGAUUUGGACAUUAUGAGGAUACCGAAGAAACAGACAGUUCUGACGAGUCUGUCGUUACAACACCUGCCUGGCCUACAGAUAAAAUGACAAGGCAUACAAAACAUGUCGAGAAUACCGAGUACGCUGAAUUGAAUAAAAAACACGACGUUAACAAAGAAACUGCAAAGAAUUCAGUAUACAGAAUGGGGUCUGUGAUUCCGCUGGAAAAAUUAGAUGGCCAAGGAAUUGUACGGACAAGCUCAAGGGGACGGGUUAGUGUCCCUCCGGUCAGAUAUUGGUUGGGUGAGAGGCUUGUACAGCAAGAUAACCAACCAGCGUUCUUUUCUCCAAAAACAGGAGUCACUGAAGUUGUCGUGAAUCAGAGAGUUGACAGCAUCAAAUAUGAAAAGAAGCGGAAAAAGUCGGAACCUGAUGCGGUGACGUCGACGACGACCAAGAAACGACGCGACAGAAAUGCCACUACCCGUGAAAGUGAAAAUACAUUUCAAACAUCCAGAAAAGAAAAGAUCACUUUGUCGCAUAGCACAUACUCCAGUUGGUUGCAGAAAAUUAACAUGCGUGCAAGCAAAACACAGAGUACACCUAAAGGAUCAAAGGAGAAACGAAAUUCACGUCCCUUAUUUUCCAUCUGUGAUAGCGAGGAAGACCAAACGGACGAUGCUCUGCUAGGAGACAUGUCAACGAACAUGAAUUCCAGAGACUUCAGAGCUAACAAUCUCCAGUCCAGUGGAAGUACAGCUCUGCCAACAGAGAUCAAUAUGGAGGACACGCAAUUACGGACUGACAGUUCAGGUCCGCUGCUUAACCCAGAUCUCAGGAAAGAAAUACAAAGACUCAUACAAAGGCAACAAAGAAGUAUGGGAAGAGAUAGCAACAGAUCAUUACUGAAACCCACUGUUGGAAGAAAUGACAGUACGCUGAUAACUAAGAAGAACCACGGUGAUGUAGUUUUCACAGUGGAGUAUAAUGAAGUGGAGGACAAGGCAUCCUCCUUCGAAGAAGAAGAGCUCUCCAGUUCAUGGAUUUCAACUGAAGAUAAACUGUGAUUUAACUACCAUAAUAUCUGUACUAAAAUAACAUUUUAAAAUAAGUAUAAAUGGAAAUAUUUGUAUAUGCGUUUUACGACUGCCUGAACAUUUAAUCGUAGUCUUCCGAGUUGUGACACUGUGUGGUCUUAAAGGUGGUUACCAACAUUUGGAUAACUUCAGAUCUAAAAUAUUCUCAAGAAUUUAAUAAAAAAAAAAGCAUGCGUCUGUGUUCCGAUACACAGUUUGUAACUCUAUUAAAAGAAGAAAAACAUCACAGUAUUAAGUUUUAUUGUAUAUUUAAAGUGCUCAAAUUAAUAUGCAAUAAAAUACAGUUUACACUCUUAAAACAGCUAAAAUUAUUUGGUAGCUCUUAACCCACAUCAGUAAUGAUGGCCCUUCCAGUAGUACAGCAUUUCUUCUGGCAACUAAGUGGCAGUCUUCGGUCCACAUUACCAGCCGCCCUCAGCCCAUGACGUAGCAGUAUUUUUGCCUCUCGGAAAUAAGGAGGUCCCGUGUUCGUGGCUGACCUAUCAGGAGCAGCCACGGUACUACAUAAAAGAGAGUAAACAAUUCAGAUAUAUUCUGAUCACAACGGUAAUGUUCAGGUAAAAAAUAAUGUCUGUAGCAGCUGAUACGAUCUACGCUGGCAAAUGUGUCCCUCGCCUGACUACUCUUGCUACCGUGACCUAUCCAGUGUUUAUAAAAGAUUAAUGCAGGUCACUAUAGAACAUUACAGACCAUCCAUGCAAU